GUAAAAAGAAAAAAGAAGAAGAAGAAAAAAAAAACCUUGAACAAGCCCAAACAUUUUCUCACCAACGACGAAUCACCAUAUUUGAAUCCCCACUGAAAUUGUAGCGAAGCUUCUCCGGCGACUUGCAGGCUGCAAAGCUUCCAAAGUAUCUGCCGUUUAUCCGAUGUCUUCUACGGCUAGUUACAUUCUUCUCUUCAUUUAUCUAUCACCGUAUCUUUAAGAAGGAGGUAUUGUUGUUUGGAUUGUUUCGAUCAGAAGGAGAAAAAAGAGGGCAUUGUGGUAGUUGAUAUUAGAAUUGUGAAUAUUCUGUUAUUUCAUUUAAUUAUAAGCUAAAUGCCAAUUUGAAGGCUGGCUUUUGUGAUUGAAGAAAUUGGUAUUCUGGAUUUCACCAUUUAUGACGUGAGACUUAACCUCAUAUCGAUCUAUCUAUCGAUAUAAAUUUUCUAUCUCUAUAUCUGUUGAUGCUUAGAUUGAUUGAAACGUAGUUUCGAGUUUCUUUAGAUUGUUGUCCGGAUUAGAUACUUGUAAAGUUCUGGUUUUUGUAGUUGAUGAUUGGUCGUGUUUGGUUGACAAAAUGGACUUGUUCUUUGAUCGGAAGUGAGAGAGACAACUCUAGGAACUCUAGAAAUUGAGUUGUGAUUCAAUUUUGUUCUAUGCUUCUAAAUUUCUACUAUCAAAUAUCACAUUCUAUUUGUAUGAAUUUUACUUUACUUUAAUGUCAAACAACGUUUUUUGUUAUUUAUAGUGUCUUGAAGCCUAACAAUGAAUUUGGAGUUCUAUUGGGAAUCAGAAAGUGUCAAGCAAGUGGCAAUUAAAUCCAUCGAGAUUAUGCGAUGAGACCAUGGGGUGGCUAUUGGCAAUUGUUGAAACAAUCAUAUGGAGAAUAAAGGUUUGCUUUCUCAUAGUCGUUUUGAGAACAACGGUUCUGGUGAUUCUAAUAGAGACCAAAGUUCAAAGCGAAGAAAGAUACUUGAGCAGAAAAAAGUCAUGGAUCAACUUAUUGAUGUUGCUUGCGCUCAAAAGGACCAUCUUUCAUCUUUUCCAUCCUUUCACCACUUCAACUGCGGCGGUCUUUCUUUAUACCUGCAAUCAGGCCAUGGCAAUAAACUUUCUCAUUCUGUUAAGAAAUACGUUCAAAAUCUCCUCAAGAUCAAUAUGGCGGGGCCAUAUGGAUCCCAGUGGCCAACUGAAGAGAAGGUGAAGCACAGGGAAAUGGUUUCAACACACGCUCAUUAUAUAUUUGUGCACGAGACUUCAAAUGCUAAUGCCAAUGGGAUGUCUUCAAAAUCAGAUGCGGAGAAGACAACCACUACUCUAAAUAAAAAGGAUCCCGUGGUUGCAUUUGUACACUUUCGAUUUAUAUUAGAAGAGACGAUUCCGGUGCUUUAUGUAUAUGAACUGCAGAUUGAGCCUCGUUUCCAAGGGAGGGGUUUGGGGACUUUCUUAAUGGAGUUAAUUGAGCUUAUUGCUUGCAAGAACUGCAUGGGUGCGGUGGUUUUCACUGUUCAAAAAGCUAACUCUAAAGCUUUGAAUUUCUACCAAAGCAAGCUGCGAUGGCAGUCGAAACGAGCUAUGAAAUUCUUUGCAAGGCAUUUAAUGAAGACGCUAAAGCUGUAUUGGAGGGUGAGGUGAAGACGGUGCGAGGGGAAUCGGCUUGUGAAGAUGACCAAGCGGAAAGUCUCCAUUGUUUUUGUUAAAUUAUUAAAAAUGAGAGAUGAAUCGUUUGCCAAGGAUGAAUAUUAUUUGUUGUGAACAGUACGAGAAGCUUGUGAUUCCUCCUUGUCAGUUCUAAAAUCCUCUUGUGUCUGUAUCUAUUAUGAAAAUAGUCCAAACAGGUGGAUAGGAUAAUUUGGUGUUCUCCCAUACAGUAUAGGACUUGCUCGCCUUUCCCAAACCAAAUUUUCAAUCGAACGGACAAAACAUUCAUCUUAA